AUGACAGAUGACAGCACUGACGUCACCACCAACGUCAUCACUGACGUCACCACCAACGUCACCACGGACGUCACCACCAACGCCACCACUGAAGCAACGACGGAUGGCAGCACUGACGUCACCACCAACGUCACCACUGACGCAAUGACAGAUGACAGCACUGACGUCACUAACAACGUCACCACUGACGGAACGACGGAUGGCAGCACUGAUUUCACCACCAACGUCACCACCAACGUCACCACCAACGCCACCACUGACGUCACCACUUAUGUCACCACUGAUAACAGCACUGACGUCACCACUGAUAACAUCACUAACGUCACCACCAACGUCACCACUGACGUCACUAUCAACAUCACUACCAACGUCACGACUGAUGUCACCACGGAUGGCAGCACUGACGUCACCACUGAUGGCAGCACUGACGUCACUACUAACGUCACCACUAACAUAACGAGUUAUGGCAGCAUUGACGUCACUAAUGACGUUUCCAGUGACGUAACGGCUAACGUCACCACUGAUGGCAGCACUGACGUCACUACUAACGUCACCACUAACGUAACGAGUUAUGGCAGCAUUGACGUCACUACUGACGUUUCCAAUGACGUCACCAAUAACGUCACCACUGGCGACACGGACAAUACAGUGGAGACGGUGACAGCGUUGACAGAUACAGCCGCCGUCAAGGCAACUGAUGGUUUGAUGAACACUACAAACGUAACAGACGUGUCCACCUUAGAAAUAACAACUGAUGUGUUGACUAGUGCCGUCACAACAGAAACUACUUUGGAGAAUAAUUAUUUAGCUAACAGCACAGAAUCCACUAAAGAAACAGCAACUGAUGUGUUGACUAGUCUAGCAAUGGCAGAAACAACUACUUUGGAGAAUGAUUUCAUGAACAGUACAGAAACUACACAAGAAAUAAUAACGGAUGUGUUAAUUAGUGCAGUCUCAUCAGAAGCAACUACUUUGGAGG